AUGGCUAGUGGUAGCUUGAAAAGACUUGUUACCUCAGCAGUAACUACUGGCGUGACGGAAGCAAGAGCAAGGAUUUUCGGACAUAUGCUAAACCCAACAGGACAGAGAUCUCCUCAUAAGAUUUUAAGGAAGAAGCUUUUUGGUGAUAAGGUUGCGGAAUGGUAUCCGUACGACAUCAAGAAUGAGGAUCCCAAUGUUCUUGCUAGAGAAGAAAAAGAGCGCUUGUCGAAGCUUGAGAUGCUGAAGCGUCGUGAUAAAGGACCACCAAGGAAGGGUGAGGGAAGACGUGCUGCCAAGCGUAACAAGUAG